GCGAACAGCGACGUUUAUAAAUAAAGCGCCCACAGCUGCACGGACUGGUACUGUGUCGACUUUGUUUAAUAUUCCAGCAGGGAACCAGCAAGCUGCUGUACUGUAGCCGACACGGGACAAGCCCUCUGUUGCGUUUCUGUCGCGUCCCAGUGUUGAAUUACAGUGUGAUUGUGUAGUAGAGAGGAGAAACCGGUCGGAGGAGGUGAACUGGUUCAGGCCUCGGCUGGAGGAGCUGGUGUGACGUAGCAGUCCACCAACACACACUCUCGCGCGCGCACGCACUGGCUGCCGCUGCGCCUGCCAGAAUCUCAAUGUGGGGAAAUGACCGCGAGUGACCUCAAAGGAAACGCUGUAUUUUCGCGGCUGCUCGCGUUUUAAUUUUACACGCAAUUACAGCGAGAAUGUGCGUCAAAAUUUAGCGUGAUAUCUCAUUGUGGAAGACGUUUCACUGCGGGAAAGGACACGAGCAAACUGGUCACUAGCUGACUGUGUCACUAGCUUGCGAGCAGCCGGGCUAACGUUAGCUAGCUGAGCUAAAGCAGUAGCCGGGUGUCUCACCGCUAGCGGCCGUGCUUGUACUUCUCUCCUCCCCCUGCAGAUGCUAAGCUAGGCUAGGCUAGCUGCUGCCAUGGAUAAAGCCAAGUCAAUGAUCGAUAAGAAAGGAGCGUCGGGACCUUUUCAUGUCAACAACGGGCAGAGCCAGAGGGGGUUUCAUGCUAACGGCAGCUGCUGCAGUAGCAACAGUGCAUUCGGCUCGAGCUCCGGACCCAACAGCAGCACAUUUGAGAACAUGCAUCACCUGCACCGCGGGGACGAUGCGGAGUGUAACGGGUCCCCGGCCAAGAGGUGCCGGCUACGGAGGAGGACCGAGUCGGUGAGACGGAACAGACCACCCUUCCCCUGGUUUGGCAUGGACAUCGGUGGCACCCUGGUCAAGUUGGUGUACUUUGAGCCGGUCGAUAUAACUGCUGAGGAGGAGCAGGAAGAAGUGGAAAACCUCAAGUCCAUCCGCCGCUACCUCACCUCAAACGUGGCCUAUGGUAAAACAGGUGUCCGUGAUGUCCACCUGGAGCUGAGGAACCUGACCAUGUGCGGCAGGACGGGAAACCUGCACUUCAUCCGCUUCCCAACGCAGGCCAUGCCCCGUUUCAUCCAGAUGGGUCGCGACAAGAACUUCUCCAGCCUGCACACAACGCUCUGCGCCACCGGAGGCGGGGCGUACAAGUUCGAGAAUGACUUCAGAACGAUGGCCGACCUGGAGCUGCUAAAGCUUGACGAGCUGGACUGCCUGAUCCGCGGCCUGCUGUUCGUGGACAGGGUGAGCUUCAACGGACACCCAGAGGGCUACUACUUCCAGAACCCAUCAGACACACAGAGCUGCGUGAAGAAGCCCUGCACCCUGGACAACCCCUUCCCCAUGCUGCUGGUCAACAUCGGCUCCGGGGUCUCCAUACUGGCUGUGUACUCGGAGAACAACUACAAACGGGUGACUGGGACUAGUCUCGGCGGCGGUACAUUCCUGGGCCUUUGCUGUCUUUUGACGGGCUGCGAAACCUUCGAGGAGGCGUUGGAAAUGGCCAGCAAGGGCGACUCCACCAACGUGGACAAACUGGUGAAAGACAUCUACGGUGGAGACUACGAGCGCUUUGGCCUGCAGGGCUCUGCUGUAGCAUCCAGUUUUGGCCACAUGAUGAGCAAAGAGAAGCGAGACAGCAUCAGUAAGGAAGACCUCGCCAGAGCCACAUUGGUAACCAUCACUAACAACAUAGGAUCCAUAGCACGGAUGUGUGCUGUCAACGAGAAAAUCGAGCGUGUGGUGUUUGUUGGGAACUUCCUUCGUAUCAACACAGUGUCCACAAAGCUACUAGCCUACGCCAUGGACUUCUGGUCGAAAGGACAACUACGAGCCCUCUUCCUGGAACACGAGGGUUAUUUCGGAGCCGUUGGGGCACUGAUGGAGCUGCUCAAGACAACAGAGGACCCAUGAAGGAUGUUACAUUGUGACAUCAUCGACCCUCGACAAGACGAUGUCAUCCACCCCCGAAUGCUGUGAUGUCAUCAACUCUCGAUGCUGUGACGUCAUCAAUUUUUGAUGCUGCUGAAAGGUCCUGUUCACAGAGGCCGCUAAAGGAACACUAAGAGAGAGAGCGACACACAGAAACUGAGAAAAGCCAUUUUAAUAAUUUAACACGUGUAAAUAAUGAUAACCUCUAACAUUCAUCUCCUGAGCUCCCCCGACAGAGUCCCCCUAUCAUAGAGGUUUUAAUAUUGUAAUCUUUAAUUUAUGGUUUCCUGUAAUCACCUCUGUUGAUUCCAGUAAUCAGCCCUGUGUCAGGAAGCACAAAGUGUUUUAGUGUUUUUCGUCACUGUGUGUAUUUGUGUGAAUAGCUACUGUAGCAUUAUGUCCUGGAGGCUGUGGUUCCACAGGCAACUAUUUGUGCAGCAAUUCUCGAAGAUUAGAUGUCGGCACAGAAAUUACGUCACUCUUGAAAGAGCAGUUGGGCAUUUUUACCACCAGGGACUCAAGGAAAUUCCUUUUCUGUGACUGCAGAUACAUUUGACCAGCGAUGCCUCCUGCCUUCAGCUGUCAGAGUGCAGACAGGCAGCUGUAGCUGAACCCAUCUGGGAACCCAUCGGCUAUCAGUCUGACAACGAUUUAGCUUCUUUGGGCAAUGGCCAAUAUUUUAGAGAAUCGAUUGAAGCCAGCGGUUACCUGAAUCACAGAUAUCCAUGCUCAUUGUUUACAGUCUGAUUAGCAACUUGAGACACUAUACACAGAGUCCUGGUGCUCUAUAAACACAUAUGUGCAUAUUGAAAAGCUAAAAAGUCCUCAGACAAUAGCUGAUGGUUUCUGAGAUUGCAUUUGAACCAAUGCGUUCCACGUCUUUCACUCUCCACACGGUCGUUUAAUCUGCAUGCAACAGAAGCCUGCUGAAACAUGACUGGUCAAUGUUACUUGGACUACUAACAAAAAAAGCAAAUAUGCAGAUAUCUGUUUAUUACAGACGCUGUCAAACCAUCAAGACCACAGCUAGUGGUCAUCCAGCUCCAAAACUACAGCUGGACAGCAGUCCUGGCAGCAGCUAGGGUUAGGAGGCAUUGCGUUGCUGCACAAAAGGUCGCCCACCACGCCACAGCCGAAGGAGUGCACUGAGGACAAAUCCUGUUGAGAUUCAUACGACGCCUGCCUCCUUCAGCCCAGAGGGCAAGCAGAGAAACAGUCUUUAAUUCUUUCUGUUGCUCCAUUGCUCAUGGCCUUCGCUUUUUGUUGUGUUUGUCCUCCGUCUGCCUACAUGUAAACGACAUUAACAACACCAUAUUGCCACACAUGCGUACCUAACCUGCUGAGUUUAGUGUUAGCUGACGGGACCAAGACCUUGUCUUCCAACAGAUGGCGCUGCAGUCGUGUCUUUGUUGUUUAUGUCUGUUGACCAGCAUCACCACAGCUGUAGUUGAGGACACAGUCUGUUCAGUGGCUUGUGUUUGUGAUUUGUAAGAAUACUGUGGGAUUCUUUUCUCUGUAGGGAAUCAUAUUUUCUUUCCCUCUUACUCUUCCCUGUCUUGUCAAUGUCACGUCAGGAGGGUGGGGGCCUGCUUCCUCACCCUCUCGCCAACCUGGCUGCCUUGUUUGGAUGGUGCAGUGUGAUUUAAUGAGGAGAUUAUGGUCCAGCACCUCCUGCUGUAGAUGCAGACGCAGAAGAAUGGUGUCACCUUUUGGGAGACUAUAGGGACCAAGAUGCUUGUAGCCAAGAGUUGCCCCUCAUGUUAAACACACUACAAAUUUGCCUGCAGCAGUAUCAGCUCAUCUUUUAGGUUAGAUUGUGUUUUUACUGUCUUUAUGGUGCAGAUUUUUUGCAUGACAGUCAGUGGUUUGUUCUCUGAAGUGCUGCUGGGUGGGUGGAGUUUUAUUCCCCCCAUUUUG